AUGGCUACAGCCGCAUUUCACAGACUUGGUUUGUUAGUAAGAGGAACCGCAGGACUCUCUUUGACAAAGCAUCUUGAUGUCGUCUUUGCAGAAAGCUCUUCCUUACAUUUGAUCAAAAGAGGAAUUCUUCCUUCUCGACAGGCAGGGGUAGGUAAAACUGUGAACGGCCGCACGUUUAUCGAACACAAAUUGUAUUACAUAUGCGGGAAAUCAUAUAAAGUAUUUUCAAGUAAUUUUAAUUCUCGUCGUUUCAGAAUUUGGCUUCAUAUAAAUAUUGUUGUUUCAUUCAACUCUACAAACUUCCUAGAGUUAUAGAUUUUGGAAAUCCCAGCCCCAGCAAGACGUUUUGGUAAUUUUGGUUAUAUACUGACUUAAACACAUUGUAAUUCAUUUUUGAUGCGAAAAUGUGGCGAUGAAACUAAUUUCUACUAUUAUUUCUUAUUAUUGCUUUUAAUCCCGAGCUCUUAAUAUUUCCGUGUUUUAAAUGUUAAUUUAUGCCGUAUUAACCUUCUAAAAGUCGCACUUUACAGGUCGAAACGUGGUUUUAAUCGUUAGUUUUAACUGUAAAUAAAACCUGAUAAAGAAAAAUUAUUUCACCCUCUGAAUGUAAGCAAUUUUAUCACUUAAAAAUACAGUUUCCACGAAAACUCUUUCUGGAUCAGAAUCGUGUUUCAGUCGGCUUUAAUUGUUUCGUCGUCGUUAUUUGAAAUCUCCUCCACUUGAAAGUGAAAUAAUGGAAAUGAAAUGAAAAAUGUGCAAUGCCCGUUUCGACGCUUUAGGUCAUCUUCCUUGAUGCGUGGAAAUCAAUGCGGAAGAGAAAGAAAAGAAGCGAGGCGUAUUUUACACUCAAGAGCAAAGUUUUUUUGAAAUAUUUCAAAAUAUCGGUGUAUGUUUUAUAAAGUAUUAAAUUAUCAACUUUCUGUUACUGCAGGUAGUUCGUUCGUACAAAGAACUCAAAUUCUAAGUACUUUUUUCCGGGGUUUCUUUCUAUUUAUUUUGUCUUUUAUUUUUGUCUUCACCGCGGCUUUCUUGAAUUAAUUUUACGGAAACAUUCGUUUUUAUGUUUUCUUUGCCAGAAGUGCUUAUUCUGGGAAAGGAAGUGCUUGUUGUUGACUCAACUGGAAAAAAGGUCUUUCUUUCAAUAACACACUUUUUGAUCGAUUGAAAAGAAUGCUACUGAGAUUACUGAGUCAUUAAUGAAUUUUGCAGGAAAAAAAAAUGAAAAAAAUACACAAAACUAUGAUCAUUUCAGGAAAAUUCCGGCCGGUUCCGUGUUUAGAAUUGGAAAUUAAGCUAUGUUUUCUUUUAUCUAAUUGAUGAUGCUUGAUGUUGAUGACGAUGACGACGAUCAUGAUAGUAAUUAUCGAAGGAAACUAAGAAUGAAAUAAACAAGCAUUUCACAACCGGAGUGUUGAUAAAUUACAAAAAUAACCUUCUUUUCGUUUCAUUCAGACACACAAAUUACUUAAUGCAAAAGAAAAGCAAGCGAAAUUGUUCUUUUUUCGUUUCUCGCUUCGAAUAAGCAAUCAGUUCCGCAAUGAUCACGUUUUCCGGGAAAAACCGGACUAAAUCAGUUUUUCCUCAUCAAUAUCAGCAAGGACUUUGGCUUCAAAAAGGACUUCUAAGUGUAUUAUUUAUGGGUCGGAUGAGAAUUUGAAAGCAAAGAGAUUUGAGCUAUCUUUUCCCCUUAAGAAACAGCGAUACAGUGUUUAGCGAACAAAAGUUUAAAAUACAUUAAUUAGAAGAUUUAUUAUUGACAGUGGUAGUUUACACCUUGCAACAGGAACAUUUUUCUCUGGCCAGCAAGGAUCUUUUUCUGAGAAACUGAAGCGUCAUAGUUUAAGGACAUCCGUAAUGUUGCUGUUUGUUUUAGUCAGCUAACAUGAAACCAGUCUCUAUUUUCCUUUCACUUGGUAAACAAAUUUCCUGAGUGCAAGGCGACACAAACAGCGUCCUCGGCGGCACUUUUCGUAACCACCUAAGAAAGUACAGGGACUGUACUGUCGCAAUUCGUAAUAAUCAUCGCACUUUGUAAUACCUGUCGCAAUUUGUAAUAAAUCCAUCGCACUUUGUAAUACCUGUCGCAAUUUGUAGUAAACCGUGUCGCACUUUGUAAUAAAAAAGCUGUCGCAAUUUGUAAUAACAGUCCAUCGCACUUUGUAAUAAACUAAGCUGUCGCAAUUUGUAAUAAUUCCAUCGCACUUUGUAAUAAUUUUUUGAGAGUGAUUCAACUUACUUCGUCAACAUUAAUAUAAUGCCAAAAUAUGCAUGGUACUUCAUAAACAAAGAUGAUGACGUCUGCUAGCACGUAACAUCUUCGUAACCUUUUCUUUGGUCAAACAUGCAUGUCUUCGGCUAUAACUUUUUCUGCCUUGAUUAAUAACGUGACCAACUAGAAACGCUUUAUGAAAGACAUGAAACUUCCAGUGACGUAUCAUCAAAAAGAUAUGAAUCAUGUUUAAAUUUAAAAAUAUUUAAAUAACAAAAGCAACAUUUAAAAACAGAAAAUUCAUGAAUAACCUGGCAUUCGUCGUCCAAAUCCAUGUUUGCUGGCCACGUGACACGUGAAGUCUUCAGCGGGGGGGAUAAUCCCUAUAUAUGGAUGAGCUAGAUAGGUAAGUACCGCCUGAUAGGGUAUGGUUUUUGAGGAUCUCGAGCCUUUAAUAGGGUAUCAUUUUUUACGUUGUUGGCUUUGUGUCUUUGGUUUGAUCCUUAGAUAGGGUAACUCAAGUAGUAAUGGAUGGUUUAUUCCAUCCUUUCCAUUUUGUGGAAAAACAGUAAUCCAGAACACGCUCGGAAGAAUUGCAAGGUCUUACGAGUUGUAUAUACGCAGGGAAGGAUAAUCUUCUACUAUCCCCAUGGUAUUUGCUUUAGAGGACUCCUUAUAGAAAAACAAUUGUUUUAAGAUGGAAUGAGUACUCCUUUUGUUCCUAUACGGGACCAAAUCAAGUGAGAAUAAUGGACCAAAUGCCCAGCCGGCUCUGUGUAAGACCCCAAGUGAGUGUUAUAAAACAGGUAUAUACGAAGGUAUUGGCCAGCGACUAAUUGGAUUUUGUGUUUAGGUUUCUGUUGUGGUUCGACGGUUUGCCACUGGUGACAUUUUUUUUUAUUUGUAGUAGACAUUUUGAAUCUUUCCAGGCCUCGCUUGAUUAAGUUGGCCAAAAUAUUGAAGCCACUAUUACUUCUUUAAGAUUGCGCGUUAGACAAGGACGGUGCACCACGUGUUGUGUAGACCUGUUAUAAGAUCUUAAAGGAAAGCUUGAACUCCCCUGGUGUCGUUAUUCGAAUGAUGUAGGAUGGAUGUUACGAUUUGCGGAAAUUAAAUGCUUUUUGAUAGUGGCUCGUUUGUGUCUAGUGUGUCUAGCUCUGUCUAGAUCCUGUACUCUGGCAAUGCUCUAUCCAGAGGCACAUCCCCGUAUUGGCCAUAUAAGGAAGUACACCCGCCGGGUAACCAUUGACUGCAAGCCACCUAGUACAAUAGCGAGGUUUAACCCAUUCGCCCCUGAACCGCCUGUAACCGCCCGUGUGGAUCCGCGUCCUUUCUACCCUUUAUGACGUCAUCAGUUUUUAACGGUCAAGGACAACUUUGUCUGCUAACUUGUGCAGAGGGAAGAGAUCUUUCAAACCAUACCAGAAUGAGCACAAUUCAGUCAAGGACACCGGAGAAAGAAGCGAAAAACCAUGUGACAUUAACCUGAAAAUCUCCAUGAAAAUCUUCUUCCAUUGCUCACACACCUUUCCUUUCACCUAAUCCUAAGAUCCUAAAAGCUUUCCUAAAAACUCUUCCCACCAAAACGAAGCCUACAAAAUGCCCAGCAAGAGAAAAAAAAAUGAGGCAAGAAAAGCGAAAAAAGAGGGGAGGAGAGAAAGCAAAAAGUAAAAGUCCAGACUGCUGUGUCACUUUUAAACUCAAAAACUCGAAAUCUCGAAAUUUUGUUUUCUGCGCAUGCCCGAACUUUGCAAGCUGAUAUUUUGCAUCUGGAUCAGAAGGCCGCGAAGUGUACGACCUGUAAACCGGUUUGUGGUAAGUUUUAGCUCUUUAUAGCACGACAGUGACAAGAAAACCACUCGACUAGCUUCAAAACGCGUUUUUUUGGCAAAAUCCCCAGGAGCGAAUGGAUUAAGAAUACAGCAUUUCGUAAAUCAGAUAACUAAUCAACAUUAAUCUAAAACAAUGUUUAGGACUGUGAAUAAAGUUAAAUGUUUGAAUGAGCGGAGUUGCUACGUGCUAGCAGACGUCAUCAUCUUUGUUUAUGAAGUACCAUGCAUAUUUUGGCGUUAUAUUAAUGUUGACGAAGUAAGUAUAAUUACUCUCAAAAAGUUAUUACAAAGUGCGAUGGAAUUAUUACAAAUUGCGACAGCUUAGUUUAUUACAAAGUGCGAUGGACAGUUAUUACAAAUUGCGACAGCUUUUUUAUUACAAAGUGCGACACGGUUUAUUACAAAUUGCGACAGGUAUUACAAAGUACGAUGGAUUUAUUACAAAUUGCGACAGGUAUUACAAAGUGCGAUGAUUAUUACAAAUUGCGACAGUACAGGGACCUUACGAAAUUACGACGGCGAUGGCAACGGCCGGAACGUCAAAAAAGCAAUAGGUUUACUGAGCAUCACGCUUUUUUGUACAUUUCUUUGCCGUCCCUGGAUAACUGGGACGUGAAUUGACCAAAUUAUGAGUUAACUUGGGAACGGAAACGGAAAGGUGAUAAAUUCUACCAUGUCUGUCACAAACCCGGGAGCGGUCUCUUCUCUUCAGCUCCAACUCAAUUUCCCUUCUUUUAAGUAACUGGGACCCUUGGAUUAAUCGCGAAAAAAAGUGAAAGGAUGCGAAGUCUAUUUUUCAGCGACGUUUUCAUGGACUUCGCCGUUGUCGGAUCAUAAGGUCCCUAAUGUAUGCGGGGCUGCGACCUCGAUCGCUGAAUCAGAAUCAAGGAAAGUCUUUUAAUUUUUAAAAAUUUCGUUUACAUGAUAUGCAUAUCAACCGUCAAAGGUGAAAUGAGUGAAAAUGUACACUCAAGUUGGAAACUUGUUAGAGCCUCGUAUGUGAUGUAUUUACCACUACUGAAAUUAGAAUCAAUUUCCCCUUUUUCUAGGUUGCUCUUAUGUCGACAAGUGUCACUCACAAACAGCAAGUUGAACCGCACUUCAAGGAUGUUCCAAUCAAUCAUUUUGGUAAAGAUGGAAACACUUUAGGAGAUGAAGAGUACAGGAUGCCACACCCAGUCUGGUAAUGAAACAAACAUUCAUGCUUACAAAAGUGCAGCCUUCGGAAUAAAAGACGUUUUAGUUGCAAAUCAUGUAAAAAUCAACUGUGUUUAUCUGAAUGGAGUCAGAACCACCUUAUACAGCGUACUUUGCGGCACCACGGGAAAGUACUGCUCAGUAGCUUUCAUUUAAUAAUCACACUUAAAGAUUUCAUUCACAGACUCAAAAGUGAGAACCUCCUUGUACAGCGUACUUUACGGUACCACUGGAAAGUACUGCUCAGUAGUAAGCUUUCCUUGAUAGCCACACUUAAAGAUUUCAUCCACAGACACAAAUGUUAUAACCACCUUGUAUAGCAUAAUAAACAGUACCGCAGGAAAGUACUGUUCAGUAGGUUUCAUUUGAAUGGUCACACUUAAAGAUUUUAUCCAAAGACUCAAAAGUUAGACCAAUCUUGUAGGGUGUAAUGUACACCACUACAGGAAAAAGAACUACUCGGUGGUUUUCAUUAGAAAAUGUUCGAACAUAUUUUGUCAAGAUUUAACAGUGAAAAUAGCCUUGUACACGGUAACAAAGAGAAACAAAAGUAUCACCCGUAUCUCGAUCCUCCGUAACCAAUGUAGCCUCCCACGCAGACGUUUUUAGGGGUUCGUCACGCGUUCGUGGGGCAGGAACGCGUGACGAACCCCUAAGAAUGUUUGCGUGGAAGGCUAUAGCCAAUGGGUCUUAUAUCAGCAUUUGAUUUCAGGUCGCAAGAAGAUGUAGUAAACGUUCAGAUAACCCACGAAAAACCUGAAAAGUUUGUAGACAAGGUAUCUUUGCGUAGUCAUUGAAUUUUAUAUUUUUUUUCCUCAGUUAACCUCAAAAUGUCUUUUGUGAACUGGCAUCCUGCCGUUUAGGUUCCCCUCAUCUUUGCUCUUUUCCUUCUGAAUUCUAUAAUAAAGAAUUAAUUUUUCUAACAAACGUACUGUUUCUUACAUUUGCGUCUCCUUUUUUCCCUUUCGAUUACAGCUCGCAUACAGGAGUGUCCAGGCUUUAAGAGGCGUCUUUGACACAUUGUCAUUGUACCACUUUGUAGAGUUGGACGAAAAUCGCUGGCUAAAGUAAGUUUCAAGCAAUUUAAAAUCUCUUACCAUCGUUCCCCGGUUCUCUCGCUAACAACGACAUAAACGAGGCUUUGGGAACGAAGCUUUGAACUCUACCCCGAGCCGAACACCCUACCUUCGGGACCAGCUUUGGCUGAACAAUCCCGCGAGCCCACCUUUGGCGGCAUGGUCGAACCCUCGGGACAACUUUUGUCUGUAUGGUGUAACCUUCAGGACCACUUUUGGCUGUAUGUUCUUACCCUCGGGACCACCUUUGGUUGUAUGUUUUUAUCUUCAGGACCACCUUUAGCUGCUUGGUCUAGCCCUUGGGACUAGCUUGGCCGCAUGGUCUGUAAAGUAAAGUAAAACUUAGACAAUGAACAACAGGGGCCCGAGGAUGGACCCCUGCGGCACUCCAGAAGUUAUAGCAAGCUCUUCAGAUGACUGAACUGUAUCCCUCAUACUAUAACUGUAUCUGUCUUACAGAGAUAUUUGUUUUGAACACUUGUUAAAAUUUUUAAACUGGCCACGAAAGGACAGAGAGAUAUAAUCAGUUUAUAUUUGCUCUACCCUUAGUCGCAUCAUUAUGCUGGAAACAAUAGCUGGAGUUCCUGGUAUGAUCGGUGCUAUGUCAAGACACUUUCACUCAUUAAGAAAGCUUACAAGAGACAACGGAUGGAUACAUACCUUAUUAGGUGAGUCACUUUAGAUAAAUCAAACCGUAACAAUACUGAAGAUGACUGUAGCAUCUGACCUAUUUCAGUCGACUACACGCAAAAACACAGCACAGAUAACGGUAACGUAAUAUAGCAUAUCGUAACGUAACAUCGCAUACCAUAAUGCAACAGCCUGCCAUGGCGUAGCGUAAGGCAAUGUAAUGAAGGUAACCAAAAGUAACAUAACAUAGCAAACGUAAUGUUACUAACGUAACAAAACAUGGAUAACGUAACGUAGAAUAGCAUAGCUUAACAAACGUACCGUAAUGUAGCAAAGCGUAACGUAACACCAGAACAAAGCAUAGCUGGCGCAACAUAGCAGAACAUAGCAUAGCGUUGUGUAAAGCUGCAAUACAUACGUUACGCAACAUAACGUAGCAUAACAGAUCGUAACAUAACACAACAGCUAACGUAACUUAGCAUAGUGUAGCGUAACGCAAUGUGACUUGAAGGCACAAAAAGCACGACUAAGCAAAUAACUAGCAUUCAAUAUCUAACGUGGCAAAGAACAGCAUAUCGCAACAUCAGAACAAAGUGUAGCUAGUGUAGUGUAACAAAACAUAACCGGCGUAGCGCAACAUACAGCUGCCAAAGCAGACGAAACGUUAGAUAACGUAACAUAACUUAGCAUAUCAUAGCAACACAAAUGUAAAGUUAAAGUUCCUUCGCAUAAAUCGCCAUAGCUAUGUAGGUGAGGUGACUUUCAAGGAGCAUGUUUUGCCUGGAAGUAAAAUAUCUCAUUUGUUUAUAGAGGAAGCUGAAAACGAAAGGAUGCACUUGAUGACAGCUCUGGAAAUGAAGAAACCUGGAAUAAUUUUCCGUGGAGCAAUUUUGUUAGCUCAAGGUAAUUUCAUUUUCUGAGAAAACUAUUAUUGCUUUGACGAGUCCGUCAGCCAUCGUGACUAUAACAAAUUCUUCAAUCUGAUUGGCUGUCGGCAGUUCUGAUUUCAACAUUAAUAGGCCAGUUGCUCUUGAAUAAAUUCUAUUAUUCCUUACGUCUAGAGAAAAAAAUCUCGAGAAACAUUGUGUUUUCAAGUUGAAAUUAUCACAAUUGACAAAAAUUUUGCAGGUAACAGAACUUCGUGUUGUCCAAUUCUGUCUUUAAAACUGAUCAAACUUGUGGUUAAACAAAUCUGACUCCAGCUCGAGGUCAUCCUAUUUUGGUAAAACGCUGGUACGAUGACAGGCCGAAUUGGACACCACUCUCUAAUAUUACUAUUACUUACAAACCUGUAUUUCUUGUUUUGCAUUUUGUCAGGCAUUUUUGUGAACUUGUUUUUCCUGGCUUACGUCAUGAGUCCCAGGUUCUGCCACAGAUUUGUUGGAUAUUUGGAGGAAGAAGCAGUCAAAACUUACACUCACUGUCUUGAGGUAUAUAUAGCUGCUUUCUUAACUGCCUUCAGUUUAGUUCCUUUAGGUUACUUCGUCCGUAAUCGGAUGUAUCCUCCUGCCAGCGCAGACUGUCUCCUGCAUCUUUUUGCAAGCCUUGGCCAAGUCGAACUGCCGACUGCCUCAAACAUGUCUUCGCACCCUACCAUGUAGCACUGAUCUCAAUACUCUUUCAACACUUCUCUUUUCCUCCCAAGACUGCCAUACAAUACAUCUCGGCGGCUUACCAUUUACAAAACGUUUCCAGAAAGUUUCGGUUGGAAAGUAGAACACAACUUUUCGGGUCGUUCCAUGCAGUGGAAAAGUCCCGAAAGUUAUGCAAAGUCUGAAAAGAUGGUCCUGUUUUACCAGUUGAAAUGUUCCAAACGGAAACUAACUAGGAUUCGUGCUUCACUUCAUCAAAGCUAUUUUUAAUCCCAGUUUCAGGCUUUCGCGAACGUUUUUCGGUAAGUGAAACUGAUUUGUGCAAAUGGUAAAUGCGCAGAUUCGGGUACCGAAUUUACCAGCCCUAAAUUUUCUUUAUCAUUAGCCCAAACCGUGAACCGACCGGUUUAACACAUGUAAAUGGUAAACAAACUUUACCAUGGAGACAUGCCCAGCCCGUUUCCACUUUCAUGGAAGCAAUGUUGCUGAUAAUGUCCUUCACUGUUUACUGAGUGCAUUCGGAUUAUUAGAUGAAUAAUCUCUGAGCUGAUUUUUUGAUAAGACACACGGAGAAUCUUGUCAAAUCUUGUUCUGUUUUAGGACUCCUUGGUUCAGCAUGUUCCAUUAAUUCCUUUGUUUUGUUAUUUCUUUUACAUUUAGUGUAUUGACAGCGGCAAGUUGCCUUUGUGGGAAAAUCUACUGGCCCCUAAGAUUGCUGUCAACUACUGGAAAUUGCCGGUAUGAGUCGCUGAGUUCGUCGCAAUCAUUUUAAUUCAGUAUUUCCUCGUCUUACGCAAUAAAAUCGUUUUGUCACAUGACAUCGCGCUGCCGCCCGGCCAACAUUUCUGACAGUAGGGAGCUUAAGCAACAAGGACGGCGACGGCUACGAAAACGUCACUUAAAAAAUGAAUUCGCACUGCCUUAAACUUUAUCGCGCUUAUUCCAUCUCGUUCUCAUCUCAUUCAUCAAACGUCGGCAAACUUUUUUGAGUUGAACUCUAAAGGACUGUAUCAAAGUUCAAGAAAAGAAAAAAAAGUUGUUGUCUUGUGUUCCCGUCCACGACAAAACGUAAAAUUAGGCACUUUCACGUUGUAUUCGUGCAACGACGGCAAAGAAAUGUACAAAAAUGCGUGAUGCACGUGCAAAUUUUCUAUUUUGCUAAUAUGGUCCUAUUGCUUUUUUCCCGCUCUCGUUGCCGUCGCCGUCGUCGUUGCUUAAAGGUGAUGUUACACGAAACGAUUCGCAACGACGAUUUUUAGCGCAACACAGCGUUGCAACAUUGUUGCGACAUUGUGUCGAAUGGUUACAACAUUGUUCCAUGAACAUUGCAACGCUGUGUUGUGCCAAAAAUCGUCGUUGCGAAUCGUCCCGUGUAACAUCACCUUUUGUUACACGGGACGAUUCGCAACGACGAUUUUACCACAAUACAGCGUCGCAACAUAGUUGCGACAUUGUCUCAAAUGGUUGCAACACUGUUCCAUCAUUGGAACGCGGUGUUGCGCUUAAAAUAGUCGUUGGGAAUCGUCCCUUGUAACAUCACCUUGAGCUCCCUAAUACUCAAUAUUUGACACUCUCAAUUUGGUAAAAUAAUUUGAAAAUAAUUUGCCCUAUGGACAUUCAGAAGCCUUCGAAAGCUUGCUAUGAAAUAUUAAAUUAAUAAACAUUUUUCUAGAACAAUUUUCAAACUUUUCAGUAAAAUUUUCCUCUGAGUGCGAUUUUAAAUUAUUUCAAACUCGUUACAAUCUUUCACGCUUUUUUGUCUCCACUUUUUCUCUAGGAGGGCUCGACAAUGCGUGAUGUCAUUCUGGUCAUUCGAGCUGAUGAGGCCCAUCAUCGAGUCGUUAAUCAUACACUUAGUUCCCUGCCACUGUGUGCACAAAACCCUUUCCUUCCGGGCGAGAAAAAGCUGUAAACAG